ACACGGCCGAAACGUCGAGAAAAAAUCGCAGGCAUGGUGUAGAUCCUGACUCCUUUGUGAAUAUUGAACUCCUACGCUUGCGUGUCUCAAGUGAGGAAUCUUUAGUGCAUGCGAUGGUAAAAAUGGAAAACAAAAUGUCAGGAGACAAUAAUAUAGUGCAGAUAGAUGAGAAGGACAAAGUGUGUGUGGAAUUUGAAAACAUUAGCUAUAUUUUGAAUCAAUUUAAUUUUAGAACACUUCGAUUGGAUAAGAAAGAAAUUUUGCAAGGAGUGAGUGGAUGUUUCAAAUCAGGCGAACUGACGGGCAUUAUAGGACCGUCGGGAGCUGGAAAAACUACUUUACUGAAUAUACUGGCUGGCUAUUCAACACUAGGCGCUAUGGGUACAAUACGCAUCAAUGGCACGCCCCUGUCGGCGACCCAGUCCGUCAUCAGAGCGGGGACGAGGUACAUCCGACAGCAGGACGACAACAUGCGCUCCUACCUCACGCUGUACGAGGCCAUGCACUUCGCCGCCGCUCUCAAACUACCACACCUCACAACCAUGGAGCGACAUAGGAAGAUAAUCGAUAUACUAAUAGAUCUAAAUAUAUACCAAUCUCAGAGGACAUUGAUUGGCAAACUGUCAGGUGGAGAGAAAAGAAGGCUGGCGGUGUCGUUGGAACUCCUGUCUGAUCCAGCUCUCAUGUUUAUUGAUGAACCGACUACGGGGCUAGAUUCUUGUGCUGCAACGUCGCUUCUUGAAGUGUUAUGCAAGCUGGCGAAAGGCGGGAGGACAAUAGUAGCGACGAUACAGCAGCCGUCAGCGAUGCUGCUGGAGAAAUUCGACAGCAUCUACUGUCUGGCUAACGGGAAGACUCUAUACGAUGGUCCCCGGGAAAACCUCAUUCCUGCGUUCAAUUACGCUGAUCUUUGUUGCCCGGCUUAUUAUAAUCCUGCUGAUUUUUUGAUUGAAAUUGCGUGUACAGAAACAAGGGCUCGCUUAGACAAAGCUGCGACAGAAAUGGCUAAAUACAAUCAAAACUGUGCUGAAAAUAACAGUUCCAACAAUAAUUAUAUUUCAAGUAAAUGUUCAAAAAAAGAACAUAAAGAGGCACCGAAAGCUGAAAAUGAGGCAAGCAGUUUGAGGCAAACGUUGAUAUUGACGCGACGAACAUUUGUGAUAGCAACAAGGACUUUUAAAUCUUUUCUAUUGCGCAUCUUUGCGUAUGUGAUAAUAAGUUUCCUUAUAGGAAAGGUUUACUAUAUGAACGGCAGCGACGCGGCGACUGUGUUUGGCAACGGAUCUGCUAUAUACUCCUGUGCUAUAUUCCUUAUAUAUGCCGCCCUUAUGUACGUUACACUAUCCUCGCAAUUGGAAAUAGAAGUGGUGAAAAUAGAACAUUUUAACCAAUGGUACAGAUUGGGUCCUCACAUGGUGUCUUUUCUGUCAGUCGAGCUGCUUUUCCAGAUAGUAAUAACGACGAUAUCUUCCGUUAUUUGCUAUUGGCAAACCGGAAACCCGAUAGAGGGGGAGCGCAUGACGCUGUACGUCGCCGCCAUGAUGCUCAUGUCCGUUUGCGGAGCUUCCUGGGGCUUCUUCCUAGGUUCUACAGUACCGAUUAAGCUCGCCGUAUUCAUCGGGCCCUCUAUGACGUGUGUGUAUUCUCUGUUCGCGUUCUCUCUCCCGCUGAAGUACACCCCGUACCCGUUCCGCUGGCUUUACCACACCUCGUACUUCCGGGCGGGCUGUCACAUUGCUGUCAACGCGAUUUACGGGAAUAGAGGCAAACUGCCGUGCUCAAAAGUGUACUGCCACUACAUGUCGCCGAAGAAUUUCCUGACGGAAUUCGACGUGACGCCCAUCGACAUCACCUCCAACUUCGCGCUCAUCGUCUUCACAACCAUACUACUGUACUUCCUCACGUUUUGUACCUUAUAUUAUAAACUAAAUAAAAGAUAGCCUUCUGAGAAUUGCAAUCCAGAUUAAUUAAGUAGAUAUUCCGUUUAGUAUAUUUUGGAUUAGGUGAUGUACCAUCAAGGAAAUUGAUUUCUAGGCAGUUGACGGACCUACGU